AUGGCGGAGCUCAGUGCUCUGCCACUCCGGCUGAAGAACUUCUUCGCCCGGUAUCCUCCCCAGCUCUACUCGGCCAGAUUCACAGGCAUCACGAUACCGUUGACGCGGCGAGAAGCGAAGGAGGCAGCCGUCGCCCGAGCCGCUGAAAUACAGAACCACACCUCUGCAUCUUCACCACCCUCGCGCCUCGUCGCGAGCAUCCUCGCACAGCCCAUCUCAGUAUCUGCACCAGCAACCUCGUCACAGACAGAGUCGUCGACGACAGAGUCUUCAAGAGAGGAGACCACCGAGGAAGCAAUUCCUCCCACAUCUACAUCGAUACCGACAUCCAGCGCGCUUCAGAAAUUCCCGCCGAACCCCUUCCUCCCGCGCAAAAACUUCGUGACUGGCCGAUGGGCCGGCCCCAAGAUCGGGCUGCGGCGGCAGGCGGAUCUGGUCAAAAUCGCACAGCAAUUCGGCAUAGAAGAACUCCUUCCCCCCGGGCGGAAAUCCUCGGCGUUCAAGGAGUCGCGGUUGCUCGAGAGGGGAUUGAGGAUUAGGGGCACCGGCGAGGGACAAAAGGUCAAGGGUCACAAGUGGGAGAGACACAUGGGCGCGACGUUGGAGAAGAGGCGCAAGGCAAUGGAAGGCAUGCCCGACUUGAUCAGAGAGUGGAAACAAAAGGGCCACGGGCGAGGCUGGAAGAAGUAUCCCAAAUAG